CACAACCGCAUGCAAACGCAAUUUAAAUUCGACCGGCACUAGCUGCCUACAGAAUGGCUUUGGCGUAUGCUAAAUAAGUGCAGAAAAAGUACCCAGGUUAAACAAUCAGCGAUCGUUCGAUUCCUACAGACGUGGAUUCAUUUCUCUCAGUCGUUUGAUUACUUUAGUAAAUAGAACCCGGCACUUGACGUACCGCUGUCAAACGCCAAACAUGGUUGUCCAAAUAUAAAAUGGAUGAUAGCUUUGAUUGUGACUGCGGUGAGCUGGAGCCACCUGAUCAUUAACGAGAGCCAUCUUUAGAGAUAGAAAAGCUGCCACAAGUUCUUUGCUUGACCACAUUAUAAUUAUAAAGGAAAGAAAAAGUGCUCAUCAGCACUGUAGAAUGUCGCUGCUCAGGACCAGUCUUACACUGAAUGUAUCUGCACUAUGAGGAGGAUAUCAAUAGAGGUUUAUAACACAUAUAUGUAUUCUCACACACCCUGUUAAAUGUUAACCUGUUUACAACGGUAGUUUGGAUGCAUCUGUCUGUCGAAGUUCAUUCCGUUGCAAUCAAACUUUAGUUUAAUUUUUAAUGUCUGCAGGGAUGCCCUUAUUUGAAUUAGAAGCAUAACCUUUACUGACAUAAGUCAGACCUGAAUUUCUAUUCUGCAACCUGUUCAUUCUUUAAAGGAGGGAUUCAUAUGGGAACAGAGCUGACCUUGUUCAGCUAGGCUGGAUGGCGCGCACAUUUCAAAGAGAAAAUACCUUGAAACUAAGAAACGGUUAGGGUUGGCUUGCUCUCUACGGAAGCUUUUUAUUGUGGAAGCUGAUUUUUUUUUAAAUAGCCUAGUUUUGAUAUAGGAUUGGCCAUCUGAUAGAAGAGGAAAGCUUGAGGGUUAUCAACAUGGCAGAAAAGUUUGGAAGUUUAAUGAACAUUCAUGGGUUUGAUUUGGGUGCUCGGUAUAUGGACUUGAAGCCACUAGGGUAUGGUGGAAAUGGCCUGGUUUUCUCGGCUGUGGACAAUGACUGUGACAAGCGAGUGGCUGUCAAAAAAAUUGUCCUGAGUGACCCACAGAGUGUCAAACAUGCCUUGCGAGAGAUCAAAAUCAUCCGACGACUUGACAAUGAUAACAUAGUGAAAGUGUUUGAGAUCUUGGGCCCAAGUGGGAUACCGAUGUCUGAUGAUGUGGGUGCCAUCACAGAACUGAAUUCAGUAUACAUUGUUCAAGAGUACAUGGAGACCGACCUAGCGAAGCUGUUGGAACAGAGUCCAUUCUCAGAAGAGCAUGCUAGGCUCUUCAUGUACCAGCUGCUUCGUGGGCUAAAAUACAUCCAUUCAGCUAAUGUUCUGCACAGAGAUCUCAAACCGGCUAAUCUCUUCAUUAACACUGAGGAUCUGGUGCUGAAAAUAGGGGAUUUUGGUCUGGCACGCAUCAUGGACCCCCAUUACUCUCACAAAGGCCAUCUCUCUGAAGGAUUGGUUACUAAAUGGUACAGAUCUCCACGCCUUCUCCUCUCUCCCAACAAUUAUACCAAAGCCAUCGACAUGUGGGCUGCUGGUUGCAUCUUUGCAGAAAUGCUGACUGGGAAAACGCUUUUUGCAGGUGCUCAUGAGCUGGAGCAAAUGCAGUUGAUUCUGAAUUCCAUCCCUGUAAUCCAUGAAGAGGACCAUCAGGAGCUUUUGGGUGUCAUCCCAGUUUAUUUACAAAAGGAUAUGACAGAACCACAUAAUCCCUUGCCACAAUUACUCCCUGGCAUCUGUUCUGAAGCAUUAGAUUUUCUGGAACAAAUUUUGACCUUUAAUCCGAUGGACAGACUGACAGCAGCUGAAGCCUUGGCACAUCCAUACAUGAGUAUUUAUUCCUUCCCAUUGGAUGAACCAACCUCUACCCAUCCUUUUCACAUUGAGGAUGAAGUUGAUGACAUUUUACUGAUGGAUGAGAGUCACAGCCAUAUUUAUAAUUGGGACAGAUACCAUGAGAGUGAAUUGUCAGACCAUGAUUGGCCUUUGCACAGUAACUUUGAGGCAGAUGAUGUUCAACGUGAUCCACGAGCAGUGUCUGAUAUGACUGAAGAGGAGGAGGUGCAAGUGGACCCUCGCAAGUAUCUAGAUGGAGACCGUGAAAAGUAUUUGGAGGAUCCUGCUUUUGACUUGAACUUUUCCACUGAACAUUCUUGGCCACAUCCAGAUCACCAUGAAAACAAAUAUUGUGAUCUGCAGUGUGGUCACACUUGUAACUAUAAAAUGGGGUCACCAUCCUACUUGGAUAACUUGAUGUGGAGGGAGAGUGAAGUGAACCAUUAUUAUGAGCCCAAACUUAUUAUGGACCUAUCUAACUGGAAAGAGCAGAGCAGAGAGAAACCAGAUAAAAAAGGAAAGUCAAAGUGUGAAAAGAAUGGACUGGUGAAAGCACAGCUAGCCCUGGUGGAGGCAUCCCAGCAGAUUGUUGAAAAGGACAAAGAGAAGAUUCGAGAGUUUGACUUUGAUUCUUUCAUGGCCAGCACUAUCAAACUGGGUUUACAGCCAGAGUCUCCUGAUGUAGACAAGCUGAAUGACUUGAACAAUUCAGUGUCCCAGUUGGAUCUAAAAAGUUCAAUGUCAAAUUGCAAGUCUGUUAGUCAGGAGAAGGAGGAGAAGGGGAUGGCCAAUUUGGCUCAGCUGGGGUGUUGGAGCCAGAAUCCAUGGGAAUGCCAGUUUGCAAUUGAUGGAAGUGGUGGGUGGGAUGAAAGCUUUCUAAUUCAAGAUGAAGAAGUUUGUUGGGAUAGCAGGAAAGAUGAACAGUUGGAAAAAACUACAUUUACUAGUUACUUAGACAAAUUAUUCAACAAAAAAGACGAUGUAGAAGUAGCAGAAUCUGAGCCAGCGAGUGACAGGAAACUGGAGGACAGGGUUAGUGAAGAGAGUGUGAAAGAGAUGAGCAGAAAUGGGGAAAUCCCAUUUAGCAAGCAGUUGGAGUCCAUUGGUAUUCCCCAAUUUGACAAUCCUGUCAGUUCACCGCUAAAAACGAGAGCAAUUCAGACCACUUUAGCACCUGCGGCUGCAAAACCGUCUCCUCAGAUUCCUCAUAAGACCUAUAGUAGCAUCUUGAAACAUUUGAACUGAAUAGAACACUCGGCAGACAUUUGUUUUGUAUACUUCACUAUGUGCAUUUGUCUUGUUUUCUGAAGUCUGGAAUCUUUUUAUUUUUGUAAUUUUUCUUUUUGUGCUUUUGGUUUGAAUAGUUUAUCAUUUUUAUUUUAUACGUCAAAUUAUUUUGACAUUGCAUUUUAAUUUUUUGUAAACCUGUAUGUCAUUUGCACAGUUUAAAAUAAUGUACAUCGCAAAAAAACAGUGACUAACACAAAAUUGUGACUGAAAUAGUGGUGAGAAAAUGCACUAAGCCAAGUGGGUACAUUUUAUUGGUGAAACAGAAAAGCCACCAAGCACAGUCUACUUGUUUUACAAAUGGAAUGGCUUCCAUUUUGGCAAACACACGGUUAAAAUAUACAUGCAUGAGAUUUUCAAAAAUUUCAUCUGAAAAUUAAAAGUCCAAGCAGUAAAUUACAUUUGUUUUCCCCAGCAAUAUAUUAUAAGAUACUUUCUGAUAGCUUAAAUGUUUCUUAAACAUGUGAUGCCAGGAAAACCAGCAAUGAAUGCAGAACAUGGUACGCAUGUGUUAUCUACCUCAAGGUAACAGCAAUGAGUGGCUUACCUUGAGCCACAUACAGUGCUUCACAGCAUGCACGUGAACUUAGCCAGCAGUUAUUCUGUUUGAAAAGCUGUCAGUACUUGUAACUUUCUGGUAUGCAUUUUCCAUAGUAAAGUGUUCAGAUACUUUAUUUAUUUUAGCAGAUGUAAGAUUUCUUCUGUAUUUAUUUUAAUUUUAUAGUUUCAUUGUGGCUUUAAAAUGAAUGAGGCAUUUUGAAGCUAAUUUUGUGUUUAGCACUAUGGUUAAUUGUGUAAAAUGAAAAUCUCCUUAACCUGAUGCUUUCUCAGUUUUCCUCUCUAUAGAAUUGGCUUGUUUUGGAAAGAGCAUUCACUACAUAUAUAGGAAUUGGAAUAUUUUAGUGGUGCUUGAUGACAAAUAACAAUUUAGAAACCAUUUCAAAACUGAUUUUUUGGAAAUGCACCAAUAAGUCUUAAAUCCUGUAUUUAAUUUGUUAAGACCUAAAAGACUAGAAUUCUCUGCAUGGAAAUAACUGAGUUGCAACCAUUACUGUAAAAGUUAAAACUAGAGACUACAGUAAGAUGAAUGUUGAAUCUUCAUCUUUAUUUUUAUUGUACAUUUUUAUUAAAUUUGUAACUUCUCAAGCCAGCAUGGUUUCCAUAGGUUCAGAAUAUAGCAUGUAGAAUUAUUUCUGAAAGUUUAUUUGCAUUUACCAAUUUAGAUACCAAGUUUCUGUAUUACUGGUUCUUGCCCCUUCCCAUCUCCCCCCCCCCCCCCCCCAAUAAAAAUCCAAAAAUGGAACAAAUAAAAAUGACCAGAACCUGAA